AUGAGCUGCCAAGCCUUUGCUUCCUCAGACACCUUUGUGCCCUUGAAUUCUGACUCUUCUCCCUCUCUGCCUCUGAUAAUGCAUCACAGCGCUGCAGAGUGCCUGCAGGUCUCCAACCAUGCCACCAAUGUUGUGUCUACAGUGCCAUCUGUUUUCUCUUUGCUCCCAACUCGUGCGUGCUCACGCCUUGGCUUUGCCGCGACGACGCCGGGACGCCCUUGGCCAGGCCUUCACUACUCCGUGCCCUCCUGCCACUAUGGGAAUCAGCCUUCCACCUACGGGGUGAUGGCAGGCAUCAAGCCUGCAACUCCAGAGAUGCUCUCAGCAAGUCUCUCCCAGACUCGCAUCCUACAGACAUGCAGCAUGCCCCACCCCAACGUGGUAAAUGGUGUCAGCACCUUGCAAAGUGGUCUGACCCCCUGCCUGUACAAGUUCCCCGAGCACGCGCUGAGUGCCAGCCCCUGUGCCCUGGGCCACGGCUUCGCGCCCGUGCCCCAGCCCCUGCUCACGGACGAUCCCUCUGCCACCGACUUCAAGCAGGAGUUCCGCAGGAAGAGCAAGUCUGUGGAGGAGCCUGUGGACAUGGACUCCCCUGAAAUCAGAGAGCUGGAGAAAUUUGCCAACGAGUUUAAGCUGCGGAGAAUCAAGCUGGGUUAUACACAAACCAACGUUGGAGAAGCGCUGGCUGCUGUGCACGGCUCUGAGUUCAGCCAGACGACGAUUUGCCGGUUUGAGAACUUGCAGCUGAGCUUCAAGAACGCCUGCAAACUGAAAUCCAUCCUGUCCAAGUGGCUGGAGGAAGCUGAACAAGUGGGAGCUUUGUACAAUGAAAAAGUUGGAGUGAAUGAACGGAAGAGGAAGCGCAGAACCACCAUAAGCAUUGCUGCCAAAGAAGCCCUAGAGAGGCACUUUGGAGAACAAAGCAAGCCCUCUUCUCAGGAAAUUAUGAGGAUGGCUGAGGGGCUCAAUCUUGAGAAAGAAGUUGUGAGAGUUUGGUUUUGCAACAGAAGACAAAGGGAAAAAAGAGUGAAGACCAGUUUACACCAGAAUGCCUUCAGUUCUAUUAUCAAGGAGCACCAUGAAUGCCGGUGAAGCUUUUCCACGUACAGGUGUGGAUUUCUGUUUUGCUUCUUGUAAAUAUUGUAAAUACUGUGUUGUUAAA